GAAGGACGGACGGAAGGAAGAAAGGAAGGAAGAAGGAAGGAAGGAAAGGAGGCGGGUGGAAUUUUGCUCGAGUCAGUUGUCAAUAAAAUAAUCCCAGACGUCGAGCCCGUCGGCUCCGGGGUAAAGAAAUCACAUGUGGAGGUUAAGGUACCUGGAGGUAACGUCGAGGAGGGAGCGGAGGGCGACGAAGACGACGGGUUGUCGCUGCUGCUGUCGCUGCCGCUGCUUGUAGUGGGGGGGGGAGUCGUCUUCAUCAGUUGUCUUGAGAGAGAGGGAGAGAAAGGAGGCGGUGGCGAUGAAGUAGUAGCAGCGGCAGUAGCAGCAGCAGCCACCACACGGCCAUCGAAGGAAGUGUCUGAAACCUUGGACUGUUGUGUGCAGAGCGAGAAGAAGCUCGGGGUGGCGGUGGCGGUGGCGCUGCGGUGGUGAAGGGGAGGAAGGGGGGGGAAACCAGUCGUCGGCUCGUUGCGGUGCCGCGAGAUGUUCCGCCGGGGAAUCGACCGUUGGUGUCCUAGAGAUGAAAAACGGGUUGACAGCCGCACGGUUUAUGUAGGACAUCAUCCACCUCCUGGCACAGAAAGCUUUCUUCCACAGCAUUUCCGUAACAACAGAAUAGUAUCUUCAAAGUACACCUAUUGGAACUUUAUUCCGAAAAAUUUAUUCGAACAGUUCAGAAGAAUUGCAAAUUUUUACUUUCUUAUCAUAUUCCUUGUACAGGUUAUUGUUGAUACCCCAACCAGCCCAGUCACAAGUGGACUCCCUCUCUUUUUUGUAAUCAUUGUAACUGCAAUUAAACAAGGUUAUGAAGAUUGGCUUAGACACAAAGCAGAUAAUUCGGUGAAUAGAAGUCCUGUUUAUGUUGUUGUUGAAGGAAAUGUAGUAAGAACACAAAGUGAAAAAAUUCAGGUUGGAGAUGUUGUGCGCGUCAAAGAAGAUGAAACAUUUCCAUGUGAUCUCAUCCUUCUGUCUUCUAGCAGGGACGAUGGUUUAUGCUACGUUACUACUGCUAGUUUGGAUGGAGAAUCGAGCCAAAAGACUUACUUUGCUGUCCGUGACACCAUUGCAUUCCGUACAGACAUGGAAAUUGAUUCGUUGAAUGCCACCAUUGAAUGUGAACAACCUCAACCUGACCUUUACAAGUUUGUUGGUCGAAUUCAUGUUUUCAGGAAUAAACAAGAACCAACCGCCAGUUCUUUGGGGCCAGGAAAUCUAUUGCUAAGAGGAGCCACAUUAAAAAAUACUGACCAGAUAUAUGGUGUUGCAAUAUAUACUGGUAUGGAAACUAAAAUGGCCUUGAACUACCAAGGAAAAUCGCAGAAACGUUCAGUGGUGGAGAAAUCUAUUAAUGUUUUUUUAAUAGUUUAUUUAUGCCUAUUGAUCAGCAAGUCUGUGAUAGGCACUAUAUUGAAAUAUAUCUGGCAGAAUGCUCCUACUAAUGACGAAGCUUGGUAUAACCCCAAAAGAGCAAAGGAUAAAGAAGGCAACAUGCCUUUGAAGAUAUUUACUGAUUUCCUCUCCUACAUGGUGCUCUUCAACUUCAUCAUUCCUGUCUCCAUGUACGUUACUGUGGAAAUGCAGAAAUUCUUUGGUUCCUACUUUAUAACGUGGGAUAAAGAUAUGUAUGAUGAUCAAUUGGGAGAAGGGGCAUUGGUGAACACCUCCGAUCUCAAUGAGGAACUAGGCCAGAUUCAGUAUGUGUUCACUGAUAAAACUGGAACACUAACUGAGAACAACAUGGAAUUCAUUGAAUGUUGUAUAGAUGGAUUUAAGUACAAAUAUCCAACUAUUGAUGCAUGUGUUGUUGAUGGUUUACCCACAAAUGAUGGCACCUUCAGUAGACCUUAUGGAAGGGCUGAAAAGGAAAGAGAAGAAAUAUUUUUCCAUGCUUUGUGUUUAUGCCACACUGUUCAAGUUAAAGAAGAGGACUCAGUGGAUGGGGUUGUAAAACAACAAUGCACAUACAUUGCAUCCUCUCCAGAUGAAGUUGCUUUGAUAGAAGGUGCUAAAAAGCUUGGCUUUACUUUCCAAGGAAUGGAGAACAAUUGUAUGAAAAUACAAACUGGAGACAAAACAAUUGAAAAGUACCAGUGUCUUCAUGUUCUGAAUUUUGAUCCUGUCCGCCGACGUAUGAGUGUAAUAGUACAAGCAAGUUCAGGGAAAAUCCUCCUCUUCUGUAAAGGUGCAGAUUCUUCAAUAUUCCCAAGGGUGAAAGAUGGAAAACAAGAUGAGAUAAAAUUGCACGUAGAGCAGAAUGCUCUGACCGGUCUGCGAACUCUCUGUGUUGCAUACAAAGAGCUUACUCAGGACGAAUAUGACCAUAUCAAUGCACAACUCCAUGAAGCCAAAAUGGCCCUUAAGGAUCGCGAUGAAAAGUUAGCACAAGUUUAUGACGAUAUUGAAAGCAAUUUGCAUAUAAUUGGGGCAACAGCUGUGGAAGACAGUCUCCAAGAACUGGCUGCAGAAACUAUUGAAGCCUUGCAUUCUGCAGGUAUGCAUGUUUGGGUGCUAACAGGGGACAAGAUGGAAACCGCAAUGGCAACAUGUUAUGCCUGCAGUCUUUUUCAUCGCAAUAUGAAACUUUUACAAUUGACAACAAAGCACAUUGAAGAAUAUGAAGCAAGAAAAGAGGAUAAAUUGCAUGAGCUACUAUUGGAGAUGCACAAAGCAGUUGUACAAGAUAAAAAAUGCUCUUAUCCAAAUUCUUUAAGAAGUUGGUCUGGUAUACAGGAGUAUGGAUUGAUUAUUGAUGGUGCUGCUCUGUCAUUAAUAAUGAAACCAUCUCAAGACGGUAGCUCAAGCAAUUAUGAAGACCUCUUCUUGCAAAUAUGCCAGAGAUGUACUGCCGUCUUAUGCUGCCGCAUGGCACCGUUACAGAAAGCACAGAUUGUAAAACUGGUGAAGAACACAAAGGAAAAUCCAGUAACUUUAGCUAUUGGUGAUGGUGCAAAUGAUGUCAGUAUGAUUUUGGAGGCUCAUGUGGGUAUAGGUUUAAAGGGAAAAGAGGGUUGCCAAGCUGCAAGAAACAGUGACUAUGCAAUCCCAAAGUUUAAGCACCUACGAAAGCUUCUCCUUGUUCAUGGACAUUUGUACUACAUUAGAAUUGCACAUCUGGUGCAGUAUUUCUUUUACAAGAACCUUUGCUUCAUUUUACCUCAGUUUUUGUUCCAGUUCAUUUGUGGAUUUUCUCAACAGCCACUCUACGAUGCAGCAUAUCUUAUAUGUUACAAUAUCUGCUUCACUUCACUCCCAAUUUUGGCAUACAGUCUCCUGGAACAGCAUAUAAACAUGGAAGCACUGAAAAAAGAACCCUCCCUCUACAGAAAUAUUGCCAAUAAUGCAAUGCUUCAAUGGAAACCUUUUCUUUAUUGGACGUUCUUGGGGCUGUUCAAUGGUCUGGUAUUUUUCUUUGGCACUUACUUUCUCUGCAACAAUUCAAUUCUUGAAAACAGUGGUCAGGUAUUUGGAAACUGGACUUUUGGAACAGUUGUCUAUACUGCUUUGGUAUUUACCGUAAAUCUGAAGCUUGCAUUGGAUACUCGUUGCUGGACAUGGAUCAACCACUUUGUAUUAUGGGGCUCUUUAGGUUUCUUCGUCAUCUUCUCUUUCAUCUGGGGAAGCAUCAUAUGGCCUUUCCUGACGCAUCAAAGAAUGUACUCUGUGUUCAUAAAGAUGUCUGCCUCCCCCCCAGCAUGCCUUACUAUUAUGUUAUUAAUAGUUGUUAGCCUGGUGCCUGAUAUUGUGGUAAAAAUUAUAAGGAAGCCAGUAAGAAGAGAAAAGCUGCAGAAUGUAAAACCUCUAGGACCUGAAUUGCUGACUUUGAAAUACUUCAAAGGUGAUGUUUUCAGUGCAGACCCAAAAAAUUAAUCGGGAUUCCCAGCCUGCAAAGAGAUGCUUGCUUAAGUGGUCAGACUGCUAAAUAUAUGCAAACCACUAUACACCCUUGUGCCUGUGGCAUUUCAAGGCUCAGAAACCUCUGAUUAAUCUCAACAUAAAAUGGAUCUCCUGAGGACUAUGAUAAUAUGAAUUUUACUUUGAUGACUAGAGUUUCUGCGAUUGAUCAGAAACUGAAGACUGAUCUGUGUUCUAAGAAUGCACUUUUAUUAAUGUGAUGUAGUCAGAUAGACUGGAUCGAGGUUGUCUGGUCCUACAGCCUUCUGAUGUCAUGUAUUACACAUAAUAUGAUGCAAUCUUGUGAAAAAUAGUUUGAUUUUUUUUCAGUUGUCAACAUUGACAUCACUGCAUUUGUUAUGUACUUCAGUAAUCAGGGAAUAUAGAAUUGUGUACUGGUGAAUACUGCAGCAUAUUUGAUUUCAUGAUACCAAAUGACAAAUCCAAUGUAAUUGAGUAAUACUUGCCUACUGAUUUGAAUAAACUAUUCAAUAUUUAAAAUAAUAUACAGUUCAGCAGUACUCAGCAGUUUAGUUUAUACAUUAUUCAACCUCAGUGUAUAAUAUGGCCAUUUUGAAUAUCCCAGGAUCUAAAAUUAAUAAUCUGUACAAUACAUCCCAAUUUCCUAUUGUUAAACCAAUGAGCUCCGAUGCUGAUAAGAGUCGAUUUUUUUUUGUUCUCAUUUUAAAGAUUUUAUUUACAGGAUAUUUAAAAUCGUGUAAUGCAAAUACAAGCCACCAAAGUUAUUUUUCUGCCUUUACAAAGGUGAUUGGUUGUCUUUCUAAUGUAGUACUUAUCAAAUAAAAAAAUGUAUAUAGUAACUUUUUAAAGCAUGAAUAUAAACCAGCAUUGUUUUAAUUUUUUUUAAAUAAUAUCUUGAAUUGAAGACUUGCAGGAAUGUAUAAGAAAAAUAUUAUAGUUAAGAACCACUUAACUGUACAGUGUAUACUUAUUGUACAGAACUUGUCAUGAUUGAAUUAUAGAAUGUGUAUGCCAGCAUUUUUAACACGUAGAAACAGCUUGUUUAAGAAGCCUGAUAUGCAAGAAUAAACAAAUAUUCUUCAGAA